CAAAAUCCAAUUUUUCUUUCUCUCACUUCAUUCCUUUCUCUCUGCCCAAGUCACUUUGACAUGGGCUCCAUCGCACAACUCCACCCCAUCUCCAUCACAACCUUUCUUUCUUCUCUCCCCUAAUUUGAAAAAUUGACCUUCCCUAUCAUCGGCAAACGGCGCAAAUGACAGGGGCUCUUGGGUCUUCUGAAAACGACGGGCUCAGGGUCAUGGGUGGCUCGGUCUCACGGAGGGGGUGGGUGGCUUGGUCUCACAGAGGGGGCUUCAGUUACUUUUGCUCAGAGCUAUCUUCUUCAAUGGCGGCUCUUAACAUUUCGACAAGAAUGUCUCUCCUCAAACCCGAGAGGACCCCUGAUUUUCUACCAUCCUCCAAGCGCCUUAGCGAUUUCCUUGCAUUUCAAUCCAGACCCAGAAAGAAAUGUGCCCAGAAGAGCCAUGCAUUCACUGUUAGAUCCAUGACGAUAGCCAAGGAGAGAUACCGAGGCCAGCUCAACUCGCCUAAUGGCCUUGCGGGGUGCCCUGACAAGUACUCUCUUUAUGAUGAUUAGUCCAUUGAAUAUUACUCUAUGGGCCAGGCAAGGGCGACUUCGAACAGUCAAAGAAAAAUGAAGAUAGUUUGUACAAUUGGUCCCUCCACAAGUACAGAUAAAGACUGGGAAGAUAUCAAGUUUGGAGUGGACAA